ACAAAUAUACUAUUCUGGAGUGACAAAGUAAGCAUUGAGUACAUCAGACCUCAUGCAUCCACUUUUCAUGACCCCCCCUGAACACAUUUUCACUCUACCACAUAUGUGGCCAUGCGAAACCACGCCUCUUCAGUUACUCAAGUAUCAACAUGGCGACGUGCGGAAAGAUGGGACGAAGCGGAAGAAAUAUGUUUGCUCUUUCCCUGGUUAUUUGCCUCCAACUGUUCGCCAGCGGCUGCCUGUCAGCUCCAGUAAAUAACGGUACUGAAGUAACAAUCCAAGGGAAACCGGGGGAAAACGCAUCUCAGAAUCUUAAUUUGACCAUUGUGAACGAGAAGCCAGGUGGCGCAGAGCCUCCGCCAUCUCAACAGGUUUCAACGAAGGAUCCUUCCACAACUGCUGGCAAUAUCUCCGCAUCAACAGAGGAAGAUGCUCCUGAAGACAACCACACAAUAGCCAUUACACCGAAAAUGUCUAACAUGCAUAAGAAAACGAAUCCAGUCACCAUCAUUGGCAGCUCUGAUAAUACACAGCAGAAAACAAAUGUUAGCAAUGGGGACACAAGAACAGAUGUGGCUGGAGAGAAACCAGACAAAAAGAAUACAACAGGUGGACUUGCUUCCGAAACCACCCCAGCUUCUAGUCCAGAAGUUCCCAGCACUUCUGCCCUAGCCCCUGAACCUGUCACGGAAGAGGUAGAAACACCAGCCGCCAUCUCCAAACCCGCCAACACCCUGAACUCGUUCACACUGCAGGACACUGAGGCAGACCUGCUGCAGCCCACUGACAAAUUACCAGCACCUCAUAUGGAUCCGGAUGGUUACCCAGAUGAAGACAACGAUGACGACACUGUCUACAGUAACAACGAAGGAUAUGAAGAUGAUGUCAAAGACAGGACUGUGAGCAGGCUGCAGCCAGACGGUAUGGAGGUGACCCGUUACAAGGGAGCAGACAGCUACAACACAGAGGAUGAGGACUCUCACUUCUUCUUUCAUCUGGUCAUUCUGGCUUUCCUGGUGGCAAUCGUUUACAUCACCUAUCACAACAAGAGGAAGAUCUUCCUCCUGGCUCAGAGUCGGCGCUGGAAGGACGGUCUGUGUUCCCGCAACACCGUGGAGUAUCACCGCCUGGACCAAAACGUCAACGAGGCCAUGCCCUCCCUCAAGAUGACCCGAGACUACAUUUUCUGAUCCACGUUCAGAAGAACAAUAUGUCCAGUCCUGCACAAAGCCAGUUGGCCUUCCUGCCUGGUCAGUCACAUUGUUGAGAUCUGUGCUUUGUCAUGGAGCCUGAUUAAUGCUUUCUCUUGCUUUACAGGCCAACUGGAGAACAUUCUGUCUUUGGGAUUGAAUUUUGUUUAUUCAGGACUUUUCUGUUGUCUGCAUAGAGAGAUUUGUUAUGUUAUUCUUAUUUGUUGUAUUAGUUUAAUGUUAUUUGUCCUGUUUUCCCGCAAUUAAUGACUUAAUAGGAUUUCAUAUUUUGAUUUAUUAGGAUCUUAAAUUUGUCUUUUUUGGGAGUGUUUUUAGCCUUAUGGUCCCUCUACACCAGUUUCCCCUCUUGCAUAUUGUCUUAAUGUUAAAUACUCACUUUAAGGAUAGGACGAAUUUAGGUGAUAAUAUAUAAUGCUUAAUUAUAACAGUUGAUUAUUUACCCCAAGAUUAUUGAUGGAUUUCUCUCAGCAGUUAGCCAAUAUAUGAAUCGACACACAAUGCAUUUGUUGUGCUUGUGUCACGCAUACUUUUGUAUUGUAAAGGUGUAUGUAUGCAAACAAAGCAGCAAUCUAGGAGAAGUUAUUUAAAUGCAGUCAUUCACAAAAAAAACUGGCCAUUGCUCAUGUUAGAAUGCUGUAAACUAUUAUAAAAAAUGACAUAUUGAGAAAAUUGAUUACAAUUUACAAAGUCAAAAUAUUCCUUAGUAUUUGAUAAAAAAUGAAUUUGAUGUGAUUUUCUUUAUCUAACAAAGAUAUCACAUUUUCACUGAAAUUUAAAACCAAAACUGUGCAAACUGAUUUUACAUUAUAUAAGAGAUGUAAAAUCCCUGUUACAUGUUGGGAAAUGAAGCUGCACAUUAAGUCAAGGAGGGGGACUACUCUUCAGGUGAGGGGUCUGUCCACGUGUUUAAGCCAUUUAAAUGAAGACAGGUACUGAAUAUUGUUCAGGUUAGAAUGUACUUACGUAAUGUAUGGGAGAAGAGUUUUUCCUUGUUUGUCAUUUUACUUACGUACUCUACGGUACCUGUUCUACUGCCCAGAUUUUGCUAUGCAGAAAAUCCCGGGGCUGGCCCUCUUUGUUUUAUGACUUCGGUGAAGUCUCUAGCAAUCAUUUCUGGUCUUCAUUUUGGCAAAAUACAACUUGCACAUGACUUUUCAUUUGUAGUUGCCUCCUGUCAGAGUACAGUGUGGUGGACUGGUAUCUCUGUUCAUCAUCAGAAUUACUGUCUGCUCUGUGUGGACUGAUGGUAACUUUUAUACCAUUCAUUACCAGAAGACUGUGUGCAGUUACAGUCCAAACCGUGGACCGUGUGAGCAAAAACCACAAAA